AUGGGCGGAAUUGGCAAAACAACCAUUGCUAAGCUAGUAUAUGAUAGCAUUUCUACCCAUUUUGAAUCUAGCAGCUUUCUUGCUAAUGUUAGAGAGGUUUCUAAACAUGGUUGUCUUGUUGAUCUACAAAGGCAACUUCUUUUCCCAAUCUUAAAGGAUCAAAUUACUCAAGUUUGGGAUGAACACUGGGGAACCUCUGUCAUUAAGAAUUGCUUGUAUAAUAAAAAGGUUCUUCUCAUUCUUGAUGAUGUGAGUGAAUCAAGCCAACUUGAAAAGUUGGCUGGUGAAAAGGAUUGGUUUGGUAAGGGGAGUAUAAUCAUUAUUACAACUAGAGAUAGACGGUUGCUAGAUCAACAUGAUGAUAUACAUAUACAAUAUGAGGUAGAGGCGUUAGGUGAUGAUGAUGCUCUUGAGCUCUUUAGUCGGAAUGCCUUUAAAAAAAAUGAGCCUGAGGAAGUGUAUGAGAGAGAUGAAGAUGAAUGGAAAAGUGAAUUGGAUAAGCUGCGGAAAAUUCCUAAGUCAGAAAUUAUUGAUUUGCUCAAAAUCAGUUAUGAUGGACUAGAUAAGAUGAACAAGGAUAUAUUUCUUGAUGUUGCAUUUUUCCAUAAGGGGAAGGACGAGUGCCAAGUAAUUGAAAUACUAGACAGUUGUGGCCUAUGUGGUCAUAUUGGGAUAAAAGCUCUCGUUCAGAAAUCACUUUUAACUUUUGAUAUUUCAAAUCACCGUGUUGAGAUGCAUGAUUUGAUACAAGAAAUGGCAUUGGAAAUUGUUCGUCGAGAGUGUCCUGAUGAGCCUGGUAGACGAAGUCGAUUGUGCAAUCAUGAUGAUAUCUCUCAUGUAUUCAUAAACAAUACGGCAACGGAAAAAAUUAGAGGCAUCAGCUUACGCACGACGACAAUUGAAAAGACAAAUUGGAAUUGUGAAGCCUUCUCUAAGAUGCUUAACCUGAAAUUUCUUGAAUUUGAUAAUAUGAUGAUUUCUUCAAGCCCCAGAAUUCUUCCUAAUUCCUUGAGAAGUAUCAAAUGGAGUCAGUAUCCUUCCAAAUUUCUCCCAUCAAGCUUUCGACCGAAUUUCCUUAUUUCACUUGAGAUGCCUCAUAGCAAACUUGUUCGGCUUUGGGAUGGAAGAAAGGACUUGCCCUACUUGAAAAAGAUGAACCUAGGAGCCUCUAAAAACUUGACCACAACCCCAGAUUUCAGUGGCAUGCCGAAUCUUGAGGUGUUGGAAUUUCGACUUUGUGAUAAUUUG